GGCGCGGGGGAGGCCCGGAGUUUGCAGCCGGGACGGCGGGGUUGUUGCCUGCAGUGUCGUGGGGCUGGGGGAGGGAGCGUUCGGAUCAUCCCACCUGACUCCUCUCAGGGCUGCGGGUGUGUUGGCCAGAAGGCUGCGUCCAGGUUGGGUGAGAGGCGCGGCCGUCCGGCACAGGAGUCUGGGGAAACGUUAGGGUCCAGACUGGGGUGAGGGUAGUCGGGAGCUCAGGUCUGGGCAAGGAGCUAUCUCUAGGGGUUCGGCCUUCGGGGUGGGUGGCCCACGUUCACGAAUCUCUCUGCCCCCCGCCCGCCUGCUUCCAGUGGCUCACGCGGGCUGCAGAUGCAGCAUGUCUAGACUGGGGGUCUUGGGCGGCGCCCAGGCCGGGUUGGGACUGUUGCUGGGCACCGCCGCGGGCCUUGGAUUCCUGUGUGCCCUUUACAGCCAGCGGUGGAAACGGACCCAGCGCCACGGCCACAACCAGAGCCUACCGAACUCCCUGGAAUACACACGGACCUCAGAGCCCGGACGCCAGGUGAGGCCUUUGCGGGCGGUCCCCGGCGAGGCUGGAGAUGCUGCGGUGCUGCCCAGCCUUCCACGAGAAGGGCAGGAGGAGGUGCUGGACCGCCUGGACUUUGUGCUCAGCAGCCUGGCGGCCGUGCGGCGGGAGGUGGAGGAGCUCAGGAGCAGCCUGCAGGGGCUUGCCGGGCAGAUUGUUGGGGAGGUCCGAUCCCACAUGGAAGAGAGCCAGAGAGUGGCCCGGCGGCGGAGAUUCCCUUUUGCCCGAGAGAGGAGUGACUCUACUGGCUCCAGCUCCGUCUACUUCACGGCCACCUCGGGAGCCCUGUUCACAGAUGCCGAGAGCGAAGGCGGGUAUACCACGGCCAACGCGGAGUCUGACUACGAGCGGGACUCUGACAGGGAAAGUGAUCAUGGGGAAGAUGAAGUAAGCUGUGAGACUGUGAAGAUGGGAAGAAAGGAUUCUCUGGACCUGGAGGCGGAGGCGGAGGCGGAGGCGGCUUCAGGCCCGGUGGCCAGAGCCCUGGAGGCCGGAGGCUCCCCUGGCCUGGAGGAUGUGCUGCCCCUCCUGCAGCAGGCCGAUGAGCUACACCAGGGCAGCGAGCAGGGCAAGCGGGAGGGCUUCCGGCUGCUGCUCAACAACAAGCUGGCGUAUGGAAGUCGGCAGGACUUUCUCUGGCGCCUGGCUCGGGCCUAUAGUGACAUGUGCGAGCUCACUGAGGAAGUGAGCGAGAAGAAGUCAUAUGCCCUAAAUGGAAAAGAAGAAGCGGAGGCUGCCCUGGAGAAGGGGGAUGAGAGUGCUGAAUGUCACCAGUGGUAUGCAGUGCUUUGUGGUCAGCUGGCUGAGCAUGAGAGCAUCCAGAGGCGCAUCCAGAGUGGCUUUAGCUUCAAGGAGCAUGUGGACAAAGCCAUUGCUCUCCAGCCAGAAAACCCUAUGGCUCACUUUCUUCUUGGCAGGUGGUGCUACCAGGUUUCUCACCUGAGCUGGCUUGAGAAAAAAACUGCUACAGCCUUGUUCGAAAGCCCUCUCAGUGCCACUGUGCAGGAUGCCCUCCAGAGCUUCUUAAAGGCUGAAGAACUACAGCCAGGAUUUUCCAAAGCAGGGAGGGUAUAUAUUUCCAAGUGCUACAGGGAACUAGGAAAAAAUUCUGAAGCUAGACAGUGGAUGAAGUUAGCCCUGGAGCUGCCAGAUGUCACUAAUGAGGAUUCAGCUUUCCAAAAGGACUUGGAAGAAUUGGAAGUAAUUUUAAGAGAAUAAUCACAUUUCAAUAGCCUUCAUGACUUGAGGAAAACUGCCCUGCUUAUUAGAUCAGGAAUCUAAGAUUAAGUGAGGGUCUGGACUCCCGAGCCUGACUGGUAUCUAUAACCAUUCCCCAAUUUCUUUCUUGUUGCCCACUGGGUUAAUUUAUUCUAAGCCCUUACCUAAUCUGAAAUUGGGGAAGGAUUUGAGGCCCGGGGAUUUCUGUAGUUCACUUAAGUGAAUUCUUGAAAAACCAAGACUAGCACUGAAGGCUGCCUUCAGCCUGUGGGGGAUGAACUUCAAAGAGCUAUAGGAACAAAACAGCACUGGUACUCCCUAAUCUUUUCUACUGAUUAAUAUUCUACACCAAAGUGUAUAGUCAUAAGACCAUCAGGGUAAAAGGAAAGGUCAGGGCAGCCCAAGGAUAUUGCCCCCUUCUCCCCAUCAUGUGAAUUCUAACCGUAUUCCUGGGCUGAGGGGCUGGACUGCUUGACUUUCAGAAUCCUGGCAGCUUUUGGAAGGGCACCAGUGCAGAAGACUUAUGAGACUGUGAAAUGAUGAUCUGAGGGGUUGCCUGGAAUAUAUUUUGGUACAAACCUGAAAUAAACCAAAUUUGAUUAGAAGUGA